AAGAAUUUCACCUACGAGCGAGCAAGGCUGCUCCGUACCUACAGCUGCGAUCUCACAUCAUAACCCCCCCCACGUCGUUCAUUCGUUCUCAGCCCUUAUUUGACAAACCUUUUCGGCCACUGCAUGGGCUAUUCUGCAUUAUAACAUCUUUCCAGUGGGAUUUCAGCAUAAAACUCUCACCUGCCAGUAAACGAAACUUAGGCACUGAAACGUACUCGUACCGUGUCCGCCGCGAUCGGAGACGUGCGUUGAGUUGUCCUUGCGGGAAAGGCAUACAAGAAUCCAAAUCAUGGAUCUCGUCAAUCAGUAAGACUAGUCUCUACUUCAAUUGGCUUCAGUUCACCUUUCGCAAUGCCUUUAAUUUUUCCUCUAUCAGAAGUAGUAGAAGAAAUUCAUUUUGCUAACAAUCCCGAUAGCUUGGAGGGGAGGUUGUUGUUCGCAGUCCCAAAAAGUGAGUCAGUGCGGCAACCAAUUGCGAGAUAUCUGUUACUAACCACGCUUUGCAGAGGGAAGACUAUUACAAGCUGCACUUAAUCUAUUGGAAGGUGCCGAUAUCCAAUUCAAACGAGAAUCACGACUCGACAUUGCCCUCGUCAGGAACUUUCCAAUCGCUCUCGUCUUCCUCCCAGCAUCAGACAUCCCCACCUUUGUCGGCGAAGGUCGAGUUGAUAUUGGUAUAACCGGACGAGAUACAGUUGCUGAGCAUGAAUCUGGAGUAUUGUCAGCAAGGCGGCAGCGUGCCGAAUCCGGAAACUUGACUCCUACGGAAGGCGAUAGUCACGAAGGUUGUGAAGAGAUACUCGACUUGGGAUUUGGCGCCUGCAAGUUACAGGUUCAGGUACCGGUGAAAGGACCAUACAUCAAACCAUCAGACUUGAUUGGAAAGAAUAUUGGAACCAGCUUUGUUCACUUGGCUGUAGAUUACUUUGCAAACUUGGAGAAGGAGGCAGAAUGGCAGAAUGGGGAGAAUGGGGAGAAUGGGCAGAAUGGGCAGAAUGGAACGGAAAAGCCUAAGAAGCUGAGAACUAAUAUUAUUGAACUGAGCGGAAGUGUUGAGGCAGCAUGUGCUCUGAGUGUGGCAGACGGGAUUGUUGAUCUUGUUGGUAAGUAAAUACUAUCAACCGAGUAUUUUGUCACUAACAAAACCAGAGUCUGGAGAGACGAUGAAAGCCGCCGGAUUGCAAGCAAUUGACACCGUCCAUUCAAGUGUUGCAGUUCUCAUCAAAUCAAAGAACCCAACAAACCCGCAACUACUUAACCUCAUCACCUCAAGAAUACGGGGUGUCAUUAGUUAGUGAAACCUUACUAUCAUAUAUCUCCUUCACUAACUCUUUCUAGCUGCACAAAAAUACGUCGUUUGCCAGUACAAUGUUUCACGCGAAAGGUUAGCUGAAGCAGCAAAGGUUACUCCAGGUAAACGAGCACCAACCGUCACUUCACUGGAAGCAGAGGGCUGGGUUGCUGUGAGUGCUAUGGUUGAAAAGAAGAAGAUUGCUACGGUCAUGGAUGAGUUGACAGAAAUCGGUGCUACGGACAUUUUGGUGUUGAAUAUUGCAAACACCAGAACUGAAUGAGAAAGACACCUACGAUACCAGGAUACCCGGGGAUAAAAUAUACCCAGCCUGGAUGAAUUAAUG